AUGAGCGAGCCAGCGGGCGCCGGUUCUGGACCUGUCCGCCAUACUGGUGGAUCUCGCUCUGCUCUCAAGCAUAUGCAUGUGAUGGAAAGGGAGCUUGGCCGGAAACCGAGUGCGACAGAGUUGUACACUCGCCUUCACUCCACGAAGGCUGACAAGAAGCCGAUCGACAAACGGGCUCAUGAUAUGACUGUGUUAAAUAUGUUAAGGACUUUCCCUGAAAAAUGGGACGCCAACACUGAGAGGCUUGCUGCUGCGACACAGCCUCAGACCGGAGAGGGUAGCUCCUCGAGCCCAGUUGCAGUGGACGAGACCCAGGUGUUUCUAGACAUCGAGGGCAUCAACAAGAAGAAACGUGUGUACGGCUUGGGUUCUGCGAGCAGCAGGUACGUCGGGCCAAGCAGCAGGGUGCAGCGAGGCAGCUCUUCUAGGACGUCGCAGCAGGCAGGCGAGGAGGUCGAGCGCCGUGUCCAGGCCGGCAUUCAAAGAGUCUGCGACUGGCUCAGCAACAGCAGGCUUCGAACAUGGCCCAUAUGA